GCUCACACAGCUGAGGGAGCAAAAGGAGGCAUAAAAUUGUGCUCCCCAUGAUGAACAUUCCCAAGCUCAAUCAGCAGCGUUGGGUGGCUCGCAUUCAGGAGGCACUAUCACAUACAAAUCCACUGAAGCUCUCCUUUCUCUCCAGGCACACCAGAUGUCUUGUCAUUUUCAGCCUUUGCCUGGGACUGAUCUUCCUGUCGGGAUUCUUCCGUAUGAAGAAUAAAGACUACACAAUCUCAAAGGUCCACGAGGAGCUGCUGAUACCUUUCAUGCCUUGCCGUGCCAAGACUAAUGUCAUGUUCCUCAAAACCCACAAGACAGCCAGCAGCACCGUUCUGAACAUCAUGUUCAGGUUCGCAGAGAGGUACAACCUCACUGUCGCCCUGCCAGCUGACCAGCUUGUCCACCUGGGCUACCCGAACACCUUCCUGGCCCACUUUGUGGAGGAAUUCCAAGCCAUAGGACAAAACUAUAACAUCAUGUGCAACCACCUGCGGUUUAACCCCUCCGAGGUGCAAAAGGUGAUGGCAGCAGACACUUUCUACUUCUCUAUCCUGAGGAACCCCAUUGCUCUGCUGGAGUCUUCCUACAUCUACUACAAGGACAGUGUCCCUGCCUUCAGGAUCUCCAAGGACGUGAAUGAAUACCUGGCAUCACCCAUGAAGUAUUACCAUCCAGCGGAUUACAAGCAAAACAUCUAUGCCAGAAAUAUCAUGUGGUUUGACUUUGGCUAUGACAACAAUGCAGAGGACAACAAAAAGUACAUUCAGGCAGUCUUGAAGGAGAUUGAACAGAACUUCCACCUGAUCUUGAUAGCAGAAUACUUUGAUGAGUCCAUGAUCCUCUUGAAGCACACUUUGUGCUGGGAUCUGGAUGAUGUGGUUUACUUUAAGCUGAAUUCCAGAAGCCAGGACACUGUUCAGACUUUAACUCCAGAAAGCGAGGAGCAGAUAAAAGUAUGGUGCUCACUAGACUGGAAGCUCUACCUGCACUUCAACCAGAGCUUCUGGAGGAGAAUUGAGGAGACUAUAGGCCUUGAGGAGCUGGAGAAGGAGGUGAGUCACCUGCGAAUGAGACAGAAGGAGCUCAUGGAGACCUGUCUCUCAGACCAGGAGGCAGUGGGAAAGGAUCACAUCAAGAACAAAGCUCUCCUGCCUUUCCAGUCAGGGGAUGCAAAUAUCCUUGGGUAUAACCUCAAACAAGACUUAGACAACAGGACACUGAGAACCUGCCAGAAAAUGGUAAUGCCAGAGCUCCAGUACACAUCCUAUCUUUACGCUGCCCAACACCCACACAAGAAGAGGAAGCAGUUAGGCUUGCCCUUGCUGUGGACCACUUUCCAGGAGAAGAUGCAGCCCCCAACUCCCAACUAGGGCAUGUGACAAUCCAUUGCAGUUUCCCACCCCUUCGCAUCACCCCAUGUCUGGCACAUGACUGGUCCACAAGGCUCUUGCACACGAGGGAGAGGCAGGGGAGGGCUUUGUUCAGGGCCACCAAACUGGUGGUGGGUCCCUUUUUGGGGACGUUGAGCCAAAGGCUCUGCA